AUGAUGGAGCAGCGCGCCCGUUCCGCCCUCCGCCGCCUCUCCGCGCUGGCUCUCGUCGCCGGCCUCGUCGCGUUAGCCGGCCUCGUCGCGCCAACCACCGCCAGCAACGCGUACUUCCCUCCCUACCCCUUCGCGCCCAGCAACACGGGCAUCUAUGUCUUCACCCCGGGCGAGCCUGAAAAGGAAAACGAAGGCAAAGUCCUCAGAUACGACCAAUCGCUGUGCGCCACCGUGGCGCAAGCCGGGAAUCGCUUCGCCAAGGGCGGCGUGGUAAAGGUGCGGUGGGACACGAUAGGGUUGAAAGAUUACACGUGCAAGCGAGUGACCUUCCACCAGACCCCACGCUGCGGGGGCCGCCCAUACUUGGCGCUCGUGCGCCCCGACAAGCCCGGCGGGCAGAUGAGCAGCAGCGAACGGCGCGCCAUGCUCACACGCAGGGCUUUCAUUCCCUCCCAAGUGCCCAAGUCGGUCAAAUGCGAGCUCAAAU